AUGGCUCUGGACAGCAAGCGGAAGGAGCUGCUGUUGGGAACGCUGAAGGAGCUUGGGGAGGACGAGUUCGAGGAAUUCAAGUUCUUUUCGGGCCUGCCUCAAAGCGUACAAGAAAACCCCAGCCGGGUGAUCAUUGCUAACGCACUGGUGAAGAAGCAUGGCGAGAAUACUCUGGAGGAGACCAUCAAGAUUCUGGAAAAGAUCGGCAACAAGAACUUGGCCGAGAUGCUGCGUGGCAACGUGCUGGAAAUAAAAGGCGCCGUCUUCUCCAUCCAUGAUGAUGAACAGAUUGAUAGAUUGAAGGCAGACCUGCAAGAAAAGCUGCAUAGUUUAUACAGCUUUGUUCCUGAGGGCAACACUGAGCGCUGGCAGCAGCAGCCUCUGGCAAACGUCUACACGGAGCUGGACAUCACCUACGGGGCCGACGUCAGGCCCGACGAGCGACACGAGGUCCUUCAGAUGGAGAAGUGUGCCGCCGCGGCCAAGACGUCUAUUCUGCCGUGCGACAUCUUCAAAAGCCAUGACGGGCAGCCGCGACCGAUACGCACGCUGCUCACCGUCGGCUUUGCGGGAAUAGGGAAAACCUUCCUGGUUCAAAAGUUAGUGUGCGACUGGGCCAGUGGGAAUAAAAACCAGGACGUACACUUCAUAUUUCCCUUUACCUUCCGCGAGUUGAACACCGACGAAGGAAAAAACUUUACGCUGGCCAAGCUCAUCCGAUGCUACGUCUACGACCUGCAGAAGUCCGGGAUACGGGACUACGAAAGCAGCCGGAUCAAGAUCUUGUUUGUCUUGGACGGACUGGACGAGUGCAAGUUCAAAAUGGACUUGAAGAAUGAGAAGAAAGUAGACAUAGACGUGACGGUGGCCUACCCGCUGGAGAUACUCCUGGCGCACCUCAUCAAGAGGAACCUGCUUCCGUGCGCCCGGGUUUGGAUCACUACGCGGCCCGCGACGGCCCGCGAUAUUCCUUCCGACCUCAUCGACAGCAGAACCGAGGUGAGAGGAUUCAGUGAUUCCCAAAGGCUGGAGUACUUCAGGAAAAAAUUUCAAAAUGAGGAGCGUGUCAUUGAGCACAUCCGGAAAACACGCACCAUCUUCAUCAUGUGCCACCUGCCCAUCUUCUGCUGGCUCACCGCCACAGUUCUUCAGGAUCAUUUGGACAAAGGGAAGGAGGGAGAGCUUCCCACAACGCUGACAGACAUGUACUCGGAGUAUGCUUCUAACCAGCUGGACAAGUCCAAGGAGAGACAGACAACCGAAUACACUGAUUACGUGAAAGCGCUAGCAAAGCUGGCCUUUCACCACACCAUGAGUAAGCAACAGAUCUUCUACGACAAGGACCUGGCGGACAGCGGCUUUGAUUACAGCCAAGCCGCAAAACACUCCGGAAUAUUUACCGAGGUGUUUAAGGAAGUCCGUCCGCUCAGAAGAAACCAACAGGGCAAGAUGUUUCAGUUUGUCCAUCUGACCAUCCAGGAGUAUCUGGCCGCAUUCCACGUGAUGAUUUGCCUCUUCCACGACAACAAAAACAUACUGGAUGAUUCAGAGCAUGCAUUUGAAUAUGAAUGGGAUUGGAAAAUCACUGAGGUUCACCGGUCAGCUCUCCAGAAAGCCUCAGAGAGUGAAGGAUACCUGGACAUGUUCCUCCGCUUCCUCCUUGGCCUUUCCUUGCCGUGCAACCAGGAACUAGUGGGGGAACUUCUGAAGGCUCCUCAGGACUGGAGGCAAAACAAGUCAAAGAGUGUCAAAUUGAUCAAGAAAAUGAUUAAACAGAACACUCCAGAGAAGAAUAUCAACUUGUUCUACUGCUUAAACGAGCUGAAGGACGACUCUUUGCUGAAGCAGUUUCAGAAGGAAAAUAGUUCAUACGAUAUUGACUGGGACAACAUGCCAAAUGACAUGUGGUCAGCCUUGGCCUUCUUUUUACUGACAGACGACGAAACCAUGAAGUCCUUUUACCUGGCGAAUUAUUCCCGUUCGCCUUUGGGGCUCGAGAAACUGUUGGUGGUGGUCAAGGCUUCUCAACAAUCAAUUCUAUAUGAUUGUCACCUGGACAAAGGCAGCUGUCACCUGCUGGCUUCCGUUCUCAGCUCUCCAUCCAACCUGAAGCAUCUGGACCUGUCCGAGAACGAUCUGUCUGACGAAGGGGUGGAGAUACUCUCAAAAGGACUGGCCAGCCCAAAUUGCACCUUAGAAGAGCUCACUCUAGUCGGUUGUAACCUGGACAAAAGCAGCUGUCACCCGCUGGCUUCCGUUCUCAGCUCUCCAUCCAACCUCAGGCAUCUGGACCUGUCCGAGAAUGAUCUGUCAGACGAAGGGGUGGAGAACCUCUCGAAAGGACUGGCCAGCCCAAACUGCAUCUUAGAGUCCCUCACCCUAACCAGAUGUCACCUGGACAAAGGCAGCUGUCACCUGCUGGCUUCCAUUCUCAGCUCUCCAUCCAACCUGAAGCGUCUGAGCCUGAGCCGGAACGAUUUCUCAGACGAGGGGGUAGAGAUCCUCUCUAAAGGACUUGCCAGUCCACACUGCAAAUUACAGUCCCUCAGUCUAUGGAAUUGUAAGCUGGGAAAAGGCAGCUGUCACCCGCUGGCUUCCGUUCUCAGCUCUCCAUCCAACCUGAAGAGUCUGGACCUGGGCGGGAACAAUCUGUCGGACGAAGGGGUAGAGAUCCUCUCGAAAGGACUGGCCAGUCCACACUGCAAGUUAGAGUCCCUCGAGCUGAUAUAUUGCAAGAUCACGGAUAAAGGAUGCGUUUUUUUGGCCGAGGCGCUCAAGUUAAACCCCUCCCAUCUUCAAGUGCUGAAUUUAAAUGUCAAUGAAAUAAAAAAAAAAGGAAAGGCGGUCUUAUUGGACGUCCAAGAGGAUCCCAGCUAUUGCCUGAAGGCUGUCUGGUUGAACAGUCAGCAGAUGACUAAGAACAAGAGGAACUACGAUGACGAGGAAGAGAUGUCUCAAGAAGAUUAG